AACUGAAAGAAUCAUUGGCAAAAACAAAACUAUGCAUAGAGAAUAAUAGUAGUGAGAGAAUAAUAAGCCAUCUAUUCUCCUUCCUUCCGAUCGAUCGAUCGAUCUCACUCUCGUGUGCUUGACAAUGCAAUAGCGUGGAACAAAAAGGACCAAACCUUUUACUUCAUUCCUUUCCAUUACCUUCUCCAAGAUUUCCGUACUCUCUCGCUCUCUCUCUCUCUCUCUCUCUCUCUCUGUAACUUUUGGCAUCGCAAUCCGAGGGUUGAGAGUUGAGACUUACUGAUGCCGUCCCGCCCUCCGCCAGUGGAAGAGCUGGGGCUCCGUCGGAUUCAGCACCACCGCCAACCCAUUCCGAUACCGGCUAUCGCAGGCAAGGCCGCCGUCCUGGCCGCGGUCCUCGCCGUCGCCGUGGCUUUGAUCUUCUACCGCCGCCUCGCCCGCGGAGGCGGCGGCACCCACCCCGCUGCCUCCACCCUCGCCAGCCCCCUCCGUCGGUUCACCUACCGCCAGCUUCGUCGAGCCACCGCGUCCUUCGCGCCUUCCCACCUCCUCGGCCAGGGCAGCUUCGGCCCCGUGUACCGCGGCGCCCUCCCCUCCGGCGAGGAAGUUGCCGUCAAACUCAUGAACUCAUGCGGCUCCCUCCAGGGCGAGCGCGAGUUCCAAAACGAGCUCGCCCUCGCCGCCAAGAUCCUUCCCGUGACCUCCUCCGCAGCCGUCGCCGUCGUUCCGGCUCUUGGCUACUGCUACGAUGACGGCAGUCGCCGCCGGCUUUGGUGGAGGUGGUGGAGACGGCGGGAGGUGGAGGACUCGCUGGAGGUCUCGGAAGCCGCCGCCACCCACGCGCCUGCGCCCGGUAGGAAGCUCCUCUUGGUCUACGAGCUGAUGCACAACGGGAGCCUCCAGGAUGCGCUAUUAGAUCGUCGGUCCCCGGAGCUGCUGGACUGGGCGCGGCGGUUCGGCUUGGUGAUCGACGUCGCCUGUGGCCUCAACUUCCUCCACGCCGUCUGCGAUCCGCCCGUGAUACACGGUGACAUCAAGCCCAGCAACAUCCUCCUCGACGCUCACCUCUCGGCCAAGAUCUCCGACUUCGGCCUCGCCCGUCUUAUAUCCAACGUUCCCGUGGACCAUCUCCCUGCCGAGGCGGAGGUGGUCGUCGAUAUCGAUCUCGACAAGUGCGUGGUGAACGGUUCCAAGAAGUCAAGAAAUGAGAGGGUGAAAGAUUCGGUGGUCGGAGACGGAGAGGACGAUGCCUCGGCCUUGGCCAUGGAAGAGAUGCCAGAGAGCAUGGCACCAACUACGAUUCUGUUCGAAGAAGCGAUGAACGGGGGAGCGACCGGCAUCGCUGCCACCGACAGGUCAGCGGAAGAAGAUGAGGGAGGCACGGUGGCGUCACCAGUGACCGUCUUGGAAGUGGCCUCCGCUUCGGAGGCUGGAGCAGGCGUCGAUGGAUCGAGCGUCGACAGCGGGAAGGACGCAUCGCUGUCCGGUCGACGAAGGGGGGGCGGGAAGGACAAGGCCGGGCCCUCGUCCGGCAAAAGCUGGUGGUGGAGGCAGGACAUCAGCGGCGAGGGACCGAACUCGGAGACGGGGGGCAGCGUCAAGGACUACGUUAUGGAAUGGAUUCGAUCAGAGGUCAAGAAAGAUAGGCCCAGGAGCGAUUGGAUGACCGCCUCUCCGGGCACCGCUGCCGAGGAAUGCUUGCCGAAACCCUCGAACGGUGGGAGACCACAGCCAAAGAAGACCCAUCCCAAGACAGAGUGGCGGGCUUCGUUGGACGAGGAGAGGCUGCAGAAGAAAGAGAAGAGCCGGCCCGCGAGGGAAUGGUGGCGGGAGGAGUUCUGCGAGGAGCUGACGCAGAAACAUAAGUGGCGGGCAAUGGCCAAGUCCCAGAGCAGCGACGGUGGACGUGGAGAGCAAAAAUGGUGGCAGGACGAUGACGACUACUCCGACUUUGCUUCACCUUCAGAGAAGAAGAAGAGGUGGAAGAAGAAAAAGAACUCCAGCCGCGGCAGCCGUAGCAGCAUGGAUUGGUACAUAGAUCGUAUUAGCGGAGAGAUCAGAACUGGUGGAAGGAGAAGCAGCCAGGAGUGGGCUAGUGGGGAUAUCCCAAGAAGUGGAACGGUGAGUAGCACACCAAGCAUGAGGGGCACUGUUUGCUAUGUGGCUCCUGAGUAUGGCAGCGGUGGGCCGCUCUCGGAGAAGUGUGACAUUUAUAGCUUUGGUGUUCUUCUGUUGGUCAUCAUCUCAGGGAGGAGACCGCUGCAAGUGACGGCCUCUCCCAUGUCGGAGUUUGAGCGAGCAAACCUCAUCUCAUGGGCACGGCAUGCUGCCCAUUCAGGGAAGCUACUGGAUCUUGUUGACCCCUGCCUCCAGUGUGUUGACAAAGACCAGGCCCUUCUCUGCAUCAGAGUUGCGCUUCUGUGUCUGCAGUGGUUUCCGGCCCGCCGCCCGUCUAGUAAGGAAAUAUUAAGCAUGCUCACUGGGGAGUCCGAGCCUCCGCACCUCCCGCCUGAGUUCUCACCAUCACCACCAGGUGGAUUCUCAUUCAGGUCACGGAAAAAGGCUCGGUAAGUUGAAUUUGACCUUCCUUUGCAUCACGGUUUGGUUAGUUUACUAUCGAUCGUUCGUCAGUUUAAAUUCUUGUUUCCACAUUGUUGGAUGUAGAGAAGUUUGGAGAUAAGGUUAUGAUCCAAAUGCUAAAAGAUUGAUUCACAAAAUUGAAAUUUUGAGUCAAGGGGGAUUGCAAUGAAUCAAUUGUCAUCACUUCCGUGUCUGAACCUCAUGCAUAACUUACUACAAAAUUCAAGUGUUGAUGGAUGGCCAACUCAUGUCGAUAAGAUGCUGCCAUGGUUCUGGCAGAAUGUUAGGUUUUCUUUCUUUAGGCAUGCAUGAUGGUAGUGCUCGCUGGGGCAUGUGAAUGUUCUGUCUCUUGAUCCUUUUUCUGUUAAUGUAACCCAAGCUGUGUCCCAUAUCUACCUUGUCUUUUGCUUCAACUUUCUGGUGUUGAAAAGAAAAAGGUCUCAAAGAUGAUUCCACUUCCUUCUCUUGGCAAUUUGAAUGCUUUGGCAGAUUCUUUAGUGCUGGUGUCAAAACAUAAUCUCACUUCCAUUUAUCUAUCCUUUUCUCAAUGGAUUCGCCUUUUCAAUUAGUUGGCUUAAUUGUCCGGUCUCAUCCACUUUCUGAUAGCGAUGAUGGUGGUGACAUUCUAAGUCCAGGUUCCCUACCCAGGAGGAAAUCUAAUGUUUUAGCAGAGUAGUUAUCAUAUGUACAAGUGUGUGGAAUACUUUGGAAACUAGUCGACAGAAGGAGAGCAUGAAGGUCAUGCUAAAGAUUUUCUGUAGAAAGUAUUAAACUUAUUAUAGAUCCAAGGCCAGUACAGUUUUCUUCAAUUAAUUAUCUUUCAACUUAACACUGGGGCAAGAUCCUUUUCAUUCCUCCAACUUGCAUCUAACCAAUAUGAUCGUCCAUUAAAUGCACAAACAUUUUCUUGGGUGUCAGUCUGUAUGGCAUCGACUAGAUUCUGUCAGCUUGUUGAUGUAGCCUCUUCCUUUAGUUGCAUCUUGAACAGGAAUGAGGCAAAAGAUCGUAUACUCUUCAACAAUGGGAUUAUUUUGUCUAGCUUUUUCGGAUUUUUGUUUUUUCAUAUUCUUGGCCUAUAGAUUAAAGAAAUUGUCAGCCAA